UAUCUCUCACUCCUGCCCCCCCACAUGCAUUCCGGGUGUUCUCCAUGAUCACGAGCUCCAACGCACCAAUUCUUCUCGCCGUUCCAGCAAGCAGCAUCCGCAUCGCGCACGGCGUCUCUCUCUCUCUCUCUCUCUCUCUCUCACACACACACACACUUACACACACACACACACACACACACACAAGGCACCGGGUACAGGUAAUGCCAGAUCAUCGACCAUGCCUGGAAUCUACAUGAUAAUGGCCAUGUUGGCCCAAGUCAUUGCGCAGGAACCUGAUGAACCCAUCACCUACACUUGCACGGAUGGCUAUGAGUAUGAUCCCGUCAGACAAGUGUGCAAAGACAUUGAUGAGUGCGCCAUCGUUCCUGAUGCCUGCAAAGGGGGCAUGAAGUGCUAUAACCACUUCGGGGGAUACCUCUGUCUGCCACAGAAUGCUCAAAUCUUUGUAAGCCGAGGAGACGAAACGGUACAGCCGACUGAACCGAGUCCCACAAACCCUCGUGUCCCUCCGAUUGUAAACCCUGCAGCAGGAAACCUGCCUGACCGUCGAGUUUCUGGUUCAUACAGGAACAUGCACUGCUCACCUGGUUUCGCUUUGGAUGAGCAGAAUUACUGCAAAGAUAUCAACGAGUGUAAUACAGGAAGGCACACGUGCAGUGCAGAUCAGACCUGCUAUAACACCCACGGAUCUUUUCAAUGCCAGUGUCUACCAGGCUACCAGAAGAGCGGUGACCAAUGUGUGGAUAGAGAUGAGUGCCUUAUGUCACACUACUGCAUGCACAGAUGUGUGAACGUCCCCGGAUCCUACUACUGCGAGUGUAACCCUGGCUACCAGCUUGCCAGCAACAACCACAGCUGUGUGGACGUGAAUGAAUGUCAGAGUCAGCCAUGCGACCAUCAGUGUUACAACCUUAUUGGCUCCUUUAUCUGCCACUGUCGCCAGGGCUACGAGCUAGCAUCCGACUCCGUUUCCUGUUUAGACAUUGACGAGUGUGCCUUCUCCCGCUACAUGUGCCAAUAUGCCUGCAUCAACAGCCCUGGAGAAUAUUCCUGCACUUGCCCUGUAGGAUAUGAGCUCCAGGGAACAAGAAUGUGUCAAGACAUUAACGAGUGCGAAACCGGCCACCAGUGCGGUGAGGACGAAAUGUGCUGGAACUACUAUGGAGGCGUCCGGUGUUACCCCAAAAACCCCUGUCAAGAGCCUUAUGUGCGCACGUCAGAAAACCGGUGUGUCUGCUCAUCUACCAGUGCGUGCCGUGGCUUGCCACAGUCCAUUGUGUAUAAGUAUAUGAACAUUCACUCUGACCGUACCGUACCAGCAGAUAUUUUUCAGAUCCAAGCCACCAACAUCUAUAGUAACACGCACAACACCUUCAGGAUCAGAGCCGGCAACGAGGGAGGAGAAUUCUUCCUCAGGCGUUCCAGCAAUGUCAGCGCAAUGUUGGUGAUGACCAAGUCCCUAGAGGGCCCCCUUGAGAUCAUCCUCGACCUAGAGAUGAUCACCCACCACACUACCACAAACUAUCGCAGCAGCUCCUUAUUACGGCUCACCAUCAUCGUGGGACCAUUCUCCUUCUAGUGGCUGCUGUACCGCCUCUUCACACGUGUAAACAUAUCCAGUAUGCUACGUUCUACCAUCACCGUGCCAAGAAUUUAUCACCUGUGCAAGUCUUUUUUAUAUCCUUUCUGUUCUGUAUAGUUGAUCCUGCUCUUCUUUUAGGAACUUUUGAUAUGAAUAAGGUAUGGAUGUUAAAAGGGAUCGACUAGCAGGUAGUUGCAGGGAAAUGUGUAGCUUAAUUAAUUAGAGACUUGACAACUAGACAAUGUAAGAGUGUGCUUGACACAGCGAGACCGGGAUCGAUAGCAAGAAAAGGUAUAGCAGCAUAACAGUAUAAUAGCUUCUUUCUACUUCGGAUUUCUGUUGUCUUGGCUGGAUGGCCAACCUUUUUCAUGACCCAAAUUGCUAGUUAUGUUUUUUUUUUCGCUUGAACCCUGUCACGUGGCUCUGAACACUCCAAUUCAAAAUGUUCUCAGGCAACAUGGUUAAAUAAGUGAAUUCAAUAUCAAAUCUUGAUGUCAAAACAUUGCAUUUUAGCGUAUUUUAUACUACACUUUUUUUUAGUAGUCUGUUGUUGUGAGUGAAAGUUACAUGUAGACACUGUUUAUGCAUUUGGAUGAUGGCACUUUUAUAAAUCAAAAUUUUCUUUAGCAUUUACCAUUGGCCUUGGACAACCUGGGAAACGAUGGCAAAGCCACACAAGUUCUCCACACAUGGAUUAAAUGGACUAAUGCAGUUGAAAGCACUUGGUCAUCUAUAUCAGUUUCAGUAAGGUUACCCUGGGGGGAAAAAAUCUUCAGGUUUUCAGGUUAUCAAUUAUCCACAUGUUAAGAGUGUAUACAUUUGAAAUACAAGAUGUAGUGAGGAUCGUUGCAAAAGCACAAAGUUUUGUUGUCUUGUAACCAUGCUAUCACCCAUUGUAUGUAAGAGCAGUACUGAUGAAGCCUGUCAAGCUUUAAGGUGUUUUGUCUUUAAUUUGUAUCCCUUGUAGAAAAUGUAGUUCAUUUUCCAAAGUCUAACAUGCAGUGCCUUAUAUAUAUGAAUACAGUAAUAACUGCAAUAGUCAACUAUAUUUGUAUAUUCAGUGUCAUUCACAUAAAAACAAAGCUCUAUGCAGAAGGGAAUCUUUUUCUUUAUUUAAAACUGAUUUCAUACAUAUUCAUGAAUGUUUUUUGUACUCUAAAGCAGAUGAGAAUUGUUUUAAGAAAUAAAGGAUAUAUUUAAGAUUC